GGUGCACACGGAUUGACCACUCCUUUGGGCUUUAUUGGUGGAUAAUAGUGGGGAAAACUAAUUCACAACCAUGACUGAUGCACAACAGGAGGCCCGCUCCUACCUGAGUGAGGAGAUGCUCGCCGAGUUCAAAGCUGCCUUCGAUAUGUUUGAUACCGACGGUGGCGGUGACAUCAGCACCAAGGAGUUGGGUACCGUGAUGAGGAUGUUGGGUCAGAAUCCAACCAGAGAGGAGUUGAAUGAAAUCAUUGAGGAGGUCGAUGAGGACGGCAGCGGUACCAUUGACUUUGAGGAGUUCUUGGUCAUGAUGGUGAGGCUCCUAAAGGAGGACCAGGCUGGCAAGAGUGAGGAAGAGUUGGCAGAAUGCUUCCGUGUGUUUGACAAGAACGCUGAUGGCUACAUCGACAGAGACGAGUUCGCCGAUAUCAUCCGCAGCACUGGCGAGCCUAUCACAGAGGACGAGAUCGAUGAGUUGCUGAAGGACGGAGACAAAAAUGCCGAUGGCAUGCUGGACUUUGAUGAAUUCCUCAAGAUGAUGGAGAAUGUGCAGUAAAACAGAGACUCAUGGACAUUCCUCUACCCUUUGACCCCUGUCAACUCAACCCCUUCCCUCAAACUCACUCAUGACCCCUUACCAUCUGGUCCGUUGCCUCUCAUUGUCCAUCUUGACAACUAUGCUGCUUCAACAGACAUACAGACGAACACCUGAAUGAGGUCUGCUAAGGUGUAACACAUGAUGCUCAUACUCCAGGGAGAACCCUGCAUGUCCCUGCAAGAGCAGAAGAGCCAAGCAGUGGUGUGUGCUUUGCAGCACCAUUAUAUUACAUUGCAAAAUAGAUCAACAGCUCAUAUUGUGGUAGACCGCACAUGAAACUGGACGUUUUAGUCUACAUUUAGACUAGAUCAGCAGCUUGUUAUCGCUGCCUAGACCAAUGCUAAAACCUCUUAUACGUCACCAUAUUUAAACAAAUGCUUGAAAGAACAGAAUAAAAAAAAUAAAACACAA